CCUUGAAUGGCGAACUUUCGCUUCGUCAAUAUCACUCUGUUGAUGCUUCCUGUGUGAUGCAGAAGUGCAUUAUUCCUGUUUCCCCAUCUUCAAGUGCGAUAAGCAAAUGACAUCGAAAAAGAAAAUUCUUGUGAUCGGAGGAGGAUUCAGUGGUAUUGGAAGCAUAAAAAGUUUAAAGGAAGAAGGAUUUGAACCUAUAUGUUAUGAGAAAACGUCAGACUUGGGUGGAACAUGGCACUACAGAGAACAAACACCAUUUGGAGUCCCAUCUAUUAUGCCAACAACCGUUAUAAAUCACAGUAAAGAAAUGGGAACCUUGUCGGAUUAUAUCCCUAAUAAGAGUGUACCCAAUUAUUUGAGACACCAUGAACUUCUUGAUUUGUUUAAAGAAAUAGCAAACAAAUUUGAUUGUCUAAGGUACAUUCAAUACAACAGAGAAGUAAUCAAAGUAAAGCGAUCUGCAGAUUAUGACGAAACUGGAAGAUGGGAUGUUAAAGUGAGAAACACUGAAAAUGGAGAAAUUACCGAUGAAGUUUUCGAUGGAGUGAUGGUUUCCGUAGGGCAAUUUACUUAUCCAAAGAUGGCUGAGUUUCCUGGAAUGGAAAAAUUCAAGGGACCGAUAAUACAUACCCACAGCCUAAAAGGAGUUGAUAAGUUCCAGAAUAAGAAAGUUUUGGUAAUCGGCAUAGGCUGUUCUGGGCUCGAUGCGGCAGCUGAAAUCAGCAAUGUUGCUUCUCAAGUGUACCUGAGCUCAAGAAAUGGGACUUGGCUUCUACCAAGAAUUGGACCCUAUGGCCUUCCAUUUGACUACGUAAUCCUCAGAAGAUAUGGAACAUUAAUGCAAAAGUUUUUUGGUUGGAAAUUUGCAAGCUGGUACCUUGAGACCUUUCAUCUGAACCAAAAAUUUAAUCACAGUUUGUACAAUUUAUGCCCGGAAUAUCACGCCCUAGCAAAAGAUCCGGCAAUCAAUGAUUUGAUUCCUGCUAAAUUGGUAACUGGAUCUGUGAAACUGAGGAAAAAUGUUAAAUGCUUCACAGAAAAAGGAGUAAUCUUCGAAAAUGAGACUCAUGUUACCGAAGUGGACGCAGUAAUAAUGGCAACAGGCUACAAAUGGCAAUUUCCCUUUCUAGAGGAUGGUAUAGUCGUCAAUGAAGAUGGUAGAAUAAAUUUGUACAAGUGCAUGUACCCUCCACAUCUAAAACAUCCGACUCUUGUAGUUAUAGGAUUUAUUCUACCAUUUGGUCCCGGUUUUCCCUGUGGAGAAAUGCAGUGCCGAUGGGCUACUCAGAUUUUUAGUGGGAACUGCAAACUUCCUAGCGAAGAAGAGAUGAUGGCAGAUAUCAUAAAGCGUCACGAAGAAAAUGUCAAACGUUAUGCUCCAUCUGACAAAGUAACAGUAAAAGUAGACUUCAUCCAGUAUCUGGAUGAAAUAGCAUCACAGUUUGGCGUAAAACCUAACCUUUGGAAGCUACUUUUCACCGAUCCAAAACUUUGGCGCGCUGUUGUUUUCGGCCCAUCUUUGCCUUAUCAAUAUAGGCUCCAAGGUCCACAUAAAUGGCAUGGGGCUAGAGAUGCUAUUCUUACUUCUUACUCGAGAGUUCGUUAUCCCCUCUCUGGAGAACCCAAGAAGAAAAGCACAAAACCCAAAUUUAGUUUUGGUUUCUAUUUUAAAUACAUAGUCACAUUUUUGCUAAUGGCAUUUUGGCUAACUCAAAGCGAAACCUCUGUGAAAUAUUACCUCCUCGCAUUAAUAUUGCCAUAUUUCAUGACGUGGAAAGGAUUUUACAAAAAAUAUUUCUUCAGUUUACUUAUGUUACCUUUCUUCGUAACUUGGAAUGGUUUUGUUUCAAGUUAUUUUGUUACUAUUUUCGCUCCAAUUUUCCUAGCAAUCAUAACAUCUAUAUGACAUGGGUAAAUCUUCAUCCAAAUUGUAAGUAUAAAUGUGGAAAAUGUUUACUAUUUUUAUGAAGAUUAAACACAUAACUGUGAAAUAAAUUUAUGAGAAUUUUAUCAUUAUGGCAGAUUUUCAUAAUCAUUAAUAUGUCCUUUUUAUAUCAUAAUGAUACAGCAAUUGUAAUAUUAAUAUAGGAAAAAGUAUUUCAAAUAUUUUUUGGAAGUACGAAAAACUCAAUACUAUCUAGGUUUGCAUUGUUAUUUUAUACUCAUCAAAACCUUGUUUUUAAUAUCUUUAUAUAUUGGAGUAGAAUGUUAGCAUAAGUUUCUAAAAUUCACUUAAUAAAAUUAUACAAUUUCUAGAACCUAUCUUACUUUUGUAUUCAUAAUUAUUUUAUGUUUCACAAAACUAUUUUCUGAAUCUCUUAUAAUUCAACCAUCUACCAUAAUUACAAACUCAUUCAAACUUAAUUAUAUAUAUUUAUUUUGAAGAUAAUUUUUCGUAUAUUAUAAACCAAAUUCAUUGUGAAUUUAAACCCAAUAUGUAUAUGUAGGAAAUAUUUUAUACUGCAGUAAAUUUUUCAAAAUUAUGAAUUAUACAACUUUUUGUUAUGUGCACUUUUAUAUGAUGAUUGUUCUAUGUUGAUUCAAGCUAAAAAGAAUAAAUUAUAAAACAUAUAACA